AUGCAGGUUGGCUAUGAAGGCCAAUUUGAGGGGGGCAAGUUGGCUACGCUAGUGGAUGCUGAUGGGUAUCUUGCGAAAACCAUUAUUGCAGGCAAGCGCGGUCAGGGCACGGGGAGGGGGGGGGAGGUGCGGUGGUGCAGAGGCAAAGUGGGCUCGGUUGAUGUGGUCGCCGCAGCAGCGAUUCCCAAAAAAGGCAGGGCUUCGCUGAUGGUCAUCCAGUGGCUUGCAGAGUCAUGCUUGGGAAAAGCGAGAAAGAGAAGGUUGAGCCGGCGCUGCCUGAAUUGCCGGCAAGUCCAGCAGAUUUCAGGUCAAUGGGCGUAG